GAUAGGAUAGAGAGAUAGAGUGUGCACACCGAUGGAGUCGAUGCACCUUCAACUGCCUAUUUUACUUGCUAGUAUCGAUCGCCACUGCCAGGCGGGCCAACGGAGCCUUGUUUUUCGGUGCCACCAAGGCACUGGUCAGCUGGGACGCCCCUUCGUCUUCUGCGACAGACCUCCCAGCUGAGGGUCCCAAAGACCAGCCGAUGGAGACAGUCUCCGUCGACGAAAAGACACCCGCAGACGUCGACAGACAACCCCCUGCGGAGCCGUCUCAUGCAGAUGAGGAAACCCUCAUCGAACUCGACGACGAGACUUUGACAGAGGACAACGUCAACAGUCCUCUGGCAGAGUCCGGUCAGGAAGGUGGCGCCCAGAACGCGCAGAUACAAGCUAACAAGCCUGAUGUAGUCCUCCUCGACCAUCAAACCAAAGCGAUGUUCGUGAUCGAGUUUUCGGCGCCAGCCGAAACGAACAUUGUUUUGAAGGAGGAGGAAAAACGGACUAAAUAUCGAGAUCUUCUCUUCGAACUCCGCCGGCUCUAUCCAGACCAUUCUGUGGGAUUGGUCAUCCUGAUUAUCGGCUCCCUAGGAGGCACACGACACACGCUGCUCUUGGAGAUCCAGAAAAUCCCAGCGUGCCGUGAUAAGGCACACAUCCUGGCUGACUUCGGAAUCCAGAAGUAUAUCUGCUCCUACCAGCACGUUAUGGAUGAAGACACAAAAUCUUUACUAAAAUCGAUUUACCAACAGAACAAUCAAAUAAUUGAAGACAUUAAAACCAUCAAGAACGAUUUACAGAAAGUUACUAAGACUGUCCAUGAUAUAGAGGUGAAAUUAGAACUAUUAGAAAGUGAAAAUAAGGAACUGAAAGUGGAGGUUGAAACAGCUAAAAGAAAGCUGAAAAAUAACAAUUUGGUGAUUUUUGGCAUUGAAGAAAAGGAUGAUGCAGAAACUACAAAUAUCGUAAAACAAACUUUGCAAGACAAACUGAAUAUAAGGCUAGAAGAUACGGAUAUAAAUAAUACCUAUAGAAUUGGAAAAAGAAAUACUAGUGCAAAAAGGCCUAUAAUUUUAGAACUAGUUCGAAACAUCAAAAAACAAGAAAUCCUUAGAAACUGUGGUAAAUUGAAGGGGACCGAUAUCGCAGUUAGUCAUGACCUAACAACAAAAGAAAGAGAGGAAAAAAAAGUAUUAUACAAGUACUAUAAGGAAGCGAAAGGAAACAAAUGUGAAACUACUUUAUUGAAAAAUAAACUUAUUAUCAACGGUGUCUCAUACAAGUACGAAGAUCUUACAAAAGAAGUCGAUAGAACAUUGAAUAACAUCGAAACCUCUGGAAACUCUGCCGACUUGUCAUCUAAAAGAAAAAACGUUCUGAGUCCCCAGGAGGGAAUGCCGAAAAGAUUCACUAGAAGCGUUAGCAGGGAGACGAAAAAUAUGGACUAA